AUUGCGGGGUGUAGCAAAAUGCCUGUGUGUGUGUGUGUGUCGAUGCUUGAAUUCUGCAACUACACAUGCAUGGCGGAUAAACAGGAUAAGAGUGAGCUGAAAGCAGAGCUGGAGAGGAAGAAACAACGCCUGGCCCAAAUCAGAGAGGAAAAGAAGAGAAAGGAGGAGGAGAAGAACAAGAAGAAGGAUGGGUCUGACUCGAAGCGGGAAGGGGGUGCAGCAGAUGACUCUUCUGACCUGGAGAAGAAGAGGAGAGAGGCUGAGGCUCUGCUGCAGAGCAUGGGGAUCACCCCUGAUAUACCCAACACCAAGUCAGUGGGCAGCGAGUCUGGAAGCCAGCACUCUGGAGAUGGAAACUCUAGGACAUUACCCUGGGAUCCUGACCCCUCUACUCUGCAGCUGUACUCUGACUCUGAACUACUGGGGCGAGGUUUUAGGCUUGGCAUAGCAAAGGUGACCCAGGUGGAUUUCCCUCCAAAAGAGAUGGUGUCCUACUCCAAGGAGACACAGACCCCCGCCGAUACACAAACACACACCCAGGCAAAACCAGCGGAGGAGGAGGAGGAAGAAGAGGAGGAGAUGGUCGAUCCCAAGCCAGCAGAGGACUCCCAGGAGGAGAAAGCUGAUGAGGAGGAGAAGCAGGAAGAAGUCCCUCCCAAGGAGCUGACUGAAGAGGAGAAGAUGCACCUGCUCAACACUGAGGAGUUCAUGGCCUUCUUCGAUCGAGGGAGCAGGAUUGUAGAGCGGGUUCUCUCUGAGCGAGUGGACGUCUGCUUCGACUACAGUGGCCGAGACCUGGAGGACAAGGAGGGUGAGAUGCAGGCGGGGGCUAAGAUGUCUCUGAGUAGGGUGUUCUCUGACGAGCGCUGGUCCAAGAACAGAGUGGUCACCUGUCUGGACUGGUCUCCUCAGUACCCUGAGCUGCUGGUGGCCUCCUACAACAACAAUGAAGAUGCUCCUCAUGAGCCGGACGGAGUGGCUCUGGUCUGGAAUAUGAAGUAUAAGAAGACCACACCUGAAUACACCUUCCACUGCCAGUCUGCGGUGAUGUCAGCGGCGUUCGCCAGGUUCCAUCCUAAUCUGAUUGUGGGUGGGACUUACUCAGGCCAGAUUGUCCUAUGGGACAACAGGAGCAACAAAAGAACAUCUGUACAGAGAACUCCCCUGUCUGCAUCCGCUCACACGCACCCGGUGUACUGUGUGAACGUGGUCGGGACCCAAAACGCUCACAACCUCAUCAGCAUCUCUACUGACGGAAAGAUGUGCUCUUGGAACCUAGACAUGCUGUCUCAACCACAGGACAGUCUGGAGCUGGUGUUUAAGCAGUCUAAGGCAGUAUCAGUGACCUCCAUGGCGUUCCCUCUGGGCGAUGUCAACAACUUUGUGGUUGGGAGUGAAGAUGGAUCAGUCUACACCGCCUGCCGCCACGGGAGUAAGGCAGGCAUCAGUGAUGUGUUUGAGGGACACCACGGUCCAGUCACUGGACUGAGCUGUCACAGUGCCGGGGGUCCCGUGGAUUUCUCCCAUCUCUUCAUCUCUGCUUCCUUCGACUGGACCGUUAAGUUGUGGACCACCAAGAGUACCCGUCCUCUGUAUUUGUUUGAGGACAGCUGUGACUAUGUGUAUGAUGUCAUGUGGUCUCCCAUUCACCCCGCCCUCUUCGCCUGUGUGGAUGGAUCAGGACGGCUGGACCUGUGGAACCUCAACAACGACACAGAGGUGCCCAGUGCCAGUGUGGUUGUGGAUGGGUCUCCUGCCCUGAACCGUGUGCGGUGGGCUCACUCAGGGAGAGAAAUCGCUACAGGAGACUCAGACGGGCAGGUGCUGGUCUACGACGUAGGAGAGCAAAUCUGUGUGCCCAAAGCAGAUGAGUGGACCCGUUUCGUGCGCACGCUCGUGGAGAUCAACGAGAACCGAGACGAAGGAGACGAGCUCGCCGCGCAGCGCCUACUCGCCUGAUCACCAUGGUAACAGGGUUACUUUGGGGACCACUCCCCUGUUGCUUCCAAAUCCUCCCUCUGGUUGGAGCAGGCGUGAUGUCUAUCAGGGUU